AUCUGCCCAGUGCUCAACCACGCAGGGCUGGUGCUGCUCAACUCCCUGCUGGACACGGUGCCCGUGCGCAAUCCUGUGGACGAACACGUUGGCAGCGACUACUCCCUCCUCAGCGACCCCCAUGUCACCACAGAGAACAUAGACCUGCAUUUCAAGGGCAUGUUCUUCCCGCUGCGAGAGGAGAACGAGACCCUCCCCAACCUGGCCCCGGAGCCCCUCCUGAAGGAGACGGAGCGCAUGGUGUACAUGGGGCUGUCCGAGUACUUCUUUGACUCCGCCCUCUUCUCCUACUACCGGGCGGGGGUCCUGAACAUGGAGUUUGCAGGGGACCAGGUGCCGAAGGACUUGCAAGUUUUGCUACGAGCCUCUUUCUUCGGAAGCAUCAUGCUGUUGGACCCCAAUGUGGCGGAUGCACCCCUGGCCUUGAAGCUGCAGGUCACCGAAGCCCCUCGCUGCACCAUCCGGACCUCCGGCACGUCCGUCUCCGUCUCAGCCCUGCUCAACAUCUUCUUGGCCCCCCCGGAGCAGCCCCUAAUUCUGCUUUCCAGCCUGACCAUGGAAUCCCGCCUCAGUGCCAAGGUGGUGCUUCACAGCAAGGCUCUUCGGGUGCAGCUGGACCUCCGAAGGUUCCGGAUCUACUCCACCCAGUCGGCCCUUGAAUCUUUGGCACUCCUCCCCUUGCAAGCCCCCCUGAAGACGCUGUUGCAGAUGACUAUCAUGCCCUUCCUCAACGAGAAGACCAAGAGGGGGGUCCGGAUCCCCCUGCCCGAAGGCAUGGACUUCACCAAGGAGGCCAUCAGGAGCCACUUGGGCUACCUCACCAUCGGGGCCGACCUGCAAUUCACCAAAGGGCUACGGGAGGUCAUCGAGAAGCUCCGGGCGACACCCAGGCCUUCUCUGGCCCCCAGGGCUGCGUAGGGGCCCUGGGUCUCGCCCCCCCACCUGCUUCGAUCGUCACCUGCCUGCCCCAGCCAGGAGGGCCCCUCUGCCCUGCCGGACACCAGGGUCUUUGUAAGCCUCUGGGACAGCUGAAUAAAGAGCUACGCUGCCC